UACAAUAUACAGUUACACAACAUAAUUUUUCUCAAUAUGAGAAAUGUUAAUGUAUUUCCAUUCACCAUCCAGAUUACAGUCCAGCUGUUCCCUUACAUCUGGAUGUCAUGAAGGACGCUGAUUUGAGCACCUCAGGUCCAAGGUCCAUCUGUUUCUACAGGCUGAGUAGAACUCCCCAUGACAAGCUAAGUGAUCAUGUGAAAAUUCUUGGUUAUGUAAUGAAAAUGUUACAAAACAGACAUCACAGUGGGUGUUUGUUGGGACUUUGCAAGCUUGUAUUCCCAACCGGGAUUUUCUUUUUCAACACUUAACACACUCUGGACACAUCUGUAACAUCUUGCAUUAGAUUUCUCAUUUAUGCUUACCUUGCAUCACCUGUUUACUGAACAGUGUGCAGUUGCAUCACUGAGAUGAAUGUUGCUGCAGAGCUUCUGUAGAUCAGACCUGGGAUCAGCUUACACUUUUACACCUCAACAUGAACCAUAAAUGCAAAAAAUGAAAACGUAACCUCAGGACAGUGGCUUGGGGAAACUAUAAGACUGAUGUCUUUAUAAUGCAACAACUCAGAACACUGCUUUGUGUGUAUGAAACUGCAUUCUCACCACAAAAAGGGUAAUUUAAAAAACAGUGACUCUACUUCUAUGUGAACACAAUGUCAACCCAAAGUCAACUUAAACACACCCCUGUCUAUGUAUCCAAACCAUCCAAUCACUGAAGACAUCGUAGCAACUCUAUUGCAUUACCGCCCAAUCAUAUCUUUGGUCAGAUGCAACGUUGAGAAGGAAUAGUUGAUAUUCCUCAGACUGGCCCAAUCCAGAAAUGUUAUCAGCGUGCAUGGUUUUUAAAAGCCCCUGGCCCUGAUGAUCUGGUGCUACAUGCAGAAGAGUCCUGCAGUAGGUGGAGCACACUACGACUGGAGGACACCAACAACCCCCUUUAAGCCUCUUCUUCCAGCACCAGCCUUUUCCUCCACAAUGUUUAACACCACGUUGAGUCCCAUCACCAACCUCUAUGUGAACUUUACCACCCUCAGUAGCAGUGGUGGAACUCCACCAUGGUACCUAUUCCCAGUGUGCGUCGUGGCCCCUUACGGCUUCAUUUUCUACUUUGGCGUCAAGGUGUUCAACCUGGCAGUGGGUACCCCCUGCAACGUCCUGGUCAUCUGGCAGAUCGCCACUAAGAAGAGUGACGCUUCCACCUCUGACAUCUUCAUCUUCAACCUGGCCAUCCUGGACACCUACUUCUGCCUGAUGACGCCCAUAGAGAUGGUCAACCGGCUGCUGCUGAGUGACAGUCGUAUCUGGUACUUUCAGAGGUUCGCAUAUGGGAUCAAAGAUGUAGCACCACUCUUUCUGGUGUGUAUCUGCCUGGACCGCUAUAUGGCUGUGGUCCACCCAGUGGUGUUCACAGGUAUCCGUGACAAUAAGAUCCGCAUUGGCAUUUCUGUAGUGGUCUGGGGUUCCAUCCUGGCUUACAGCCUCACCAAAAGCAUCCUGGGAGUCAUGAGUGUCAACGAGAUCUUCAGCGGUGUCAUCCUCUUCGCCUUUGCAGUCAUGGUCUUCUGCAACAUCUCCGUCAUCUGGGUCCUCCGCCGCUCUGUGGCGGGAAAGGAGGAGAUGCACCCGGUGAAGAAGAAGGCCUUUAAAAUGGUGCUGAUCAUCCUGGCCAUCAUCGUGGUCAAUUACCUGCCACCUGUGGCACUCAUGCCCUUUGCAUCGUACUACUCGUUUGUGGCGUUUCGGUGCCAGAUCAGCGUCAGCGUGUUCUCCAUCAUGGACCUGAGCUGCAGCAUUGAGCCUCUCCUCUACAUUACCAAGAUGGAGCGAGUGGAUGGCAGGUGCUGCGGGCGGAGUGUGUCAAAGAAGCCAGAUGAUGGCAAGGUGUAAUCAUGUCGCCAUUCAUAAAUCAGCCCCACCUUGGAAAGGUCUUUCAAAAAGAUUAUUGAUACAAGAUCCCGCAUAAACCACAUUUCAUUGUUCAUGAAAUAUUCCCAUCGAUAUUCUCAUUCUUAUCAUGGACAACUGGACAAAUCUGUCUGACAAAGCCAAAAUAUGGUCACUACAUAUCUGGUCAAAACUAUUGAUUAAUUAACUUCUAGCAAAAAGAUUUUCUUUCUAAACCUUGUAAUUUGAUAAACUGGUAGUCUUUAAUAAAACACCAUAUUUUAACACACUGAAUUCACUUCAGAUUUCAAGACUAAUAAAACAGCUUCUCUGUGAUUCUCUUUAUUAAGCUUGCAAAUAAAACACAAACCUGAAAAACAUUUAGGACAAAUAAACAGAAAGGAAAAGUGACAGAGUGAAUGACUUAGAUUUGACUUAGCGUGUGGCUGUGUGUGUGUUAAUGGCUUGGAUCACUGAUUUAAAUAAAGUCCUACUCAAAGUCCACUCAUUUCUUUAGUAGUAAAUAAAGAAUCAGAAUCAGAAAACAGACACAAAUAAAGUAGUUUCACCUUCAGGUUCACUGUUAAUGCGUCUUUCCGCCAGAUCUUACAAUACAUCUAAGGCUCCUCUCCGUCUUUACGGUGAAUUUUAAGACCAAUCAGAAGCGGUUGCUAGGCGGACCAGAAUGGCCCGGCCAAUCAGCGUUUUUCUGCAAAUUUUAGCUGACGUAUGUCGUCAUUGGUCGCGACGUGUCUGUUCAUUGGCCACAAACGUCUGGGAGGAGCGUAGAGAAGCGGAAACCAAGAGGGAAAACAGAUUUAAAUCAUAGUUGAACCGUUUACUCUGUUUGCUAGUACUGUGAAAAACGUCGGUACCGGAGAGGUCUGGAUGCUAAAACAAACAAUGGAACUACUUUUUUGCCGUUAAUGAAGAGGUCCGGAUGCUAAAACAAACUUUGGUGCUGUUUUUUGUCGAACACGAGUAAGACUGGGCGCUGAACACACCUGCGGAGCUAAGGUUUACUGGUUCAGCUGCUGCAGCCUGGACAGAAACACCAGCUCUCACCUCACAAACCAAAACAGGUGUCACCACUUCAUCUACGAUCGCAGAGUCCUUGUACAAAGGAGUAGUUCAGGACAGAGGCUUCCAGG